CUUUCGUAGCACUCUCUCAGCCUGGAGCCAGGUGCCAGGGUGCAAGGUGCUCCGUGCAUCCCUCGCUGAGGUACGUACACUUUCCUGCCCCCGUACCUGACCUCACUCACAGCCGGGGUCUUUCCGAGUGGAGACCUUCCACUCUUUGCGGGUUGUCAUUGGAGGGUGUCCGGCUGCUGGAACAAGGUUGCGCCGUGCGCUGACGACGGCCUUCGUGCGUCAGGCCUGGGACCCGCCAUCGCAUCGCAGCUCAGCCUGCCAGCCUAGCCGCGAACUACGACACGACCGACACGACCGAUUCAUCCUCCACCACCACGAAGCUCCCCCACAACUAUUCAAAAGACGGCCUAAUUGCAAGAAACGAUCGCCGCCCGGAGCUCUCAACCGAAUUCCUAAGGAAAUCCCAAAGGAAUACAUUUGCACCCCCGGCGGGGCCGUCUAUACCAAGCUCCGACUUCGAUACCCGUCCGAAACAAGUACACCACAGCCCACCUUCCAACGAUAUCCAAGAUGCCGACCGCCGGGCUCAAGACUAUCAUCGCCCUUUCCUUCGUCCUCGCCGUCGGAUUCCUCCUCGUCAUCCUCUCCUGCGCCCUCUGGAAGGUCUACUACCCGCUUCUCGUCGUCGCUACCUACGUGUUGGCCCCGAUCCCCAACUGGGUCUGCUCGCGAUGCACCAACCCUGAUGACUUUGGUGAGGGUUCCGGCUCCGCCGUACUGGACCUCGGCCGCUUCUGCACUGGUUUCAUGGUGGUUAUGGGAAUUGCCCUGCCGGUCGUACUCGCCCACUCCGAUCUCAUCCAGGUUGAGGCCAUGGUCAUGUCGAUAAUCGGCGGCCUCCUCAUUUACGGAACCAUCAUCAGCUUCGGCAUGUUCUUUCAGGAGGAGCAGGACUUCUGACUAGCGUCGGGAGCAACGACUGGGGACAAUUGAUACAGCUAUGAGUAGGCGAUGGGGAAGUAGUGUCAGCAGCAGCAGCAGCAGCAGCAGAGCAGUGAUGGAGGGCAUACGCAUUUCAACCAAAUUGGCGGCAGACGUGUACAGUACGACGAGACGAGGUCGGAAACCAUUGUGGCGCUCGGGUUCGGGAAUCCGGCAAAGUGGGAUUUGGAACGGGGUGCGCUUUACUUGGAGGUUUCACAUGUAUAUCCAGCAUCAUUCCGUCAGGCGGGCGUUUCCUCCUUUUUUCGCUUUUGUUAUGCAACGACAAGACCAUCUAAUUCCCAAUGACCGACUGCGGAAAGCUGAUAGCGUAAACAUGGA